AUGUGGACAGCGUCGAGGAGGGUGGGCCCGACGGGGUCUGCUGUCCCGUGGAGGACGACGGCGGCGUUGGCGGCGGUGGCUGGUACGGGAAUGCUUCCGACACGCGCUCCGAGUCGUCGUACAGCGGCGACAUCCAUGACGACCAUGAGCUGUUCCUCCACGGGGGCUCCUCCCCUACCCCCUCCCCAGACCGACCUCCAGAACACCCCGACACCUCGACCGAGAGCUCCCUGGGGGGCUGCCCUACGCCUGUCCACAGCCACCACCACCGGGCCUCCCUUGAGCUCCUGAGCCUGGGGGUGGACRGAGGGGUGUUCUCUGCCCAGGAUACCCUUUCCUCCGUGGUAUCCUCGCUCUAUGGAGAGGCUGCCUCCGAGGCCCUGGGGAAACCCCUGAGUAGUAACCUGCGGCGCCUCCUAGAGGCUGGGWCGUUGAAGCUGGAUGGGGAUCYUCUGGGGAGAGUGAGAGGAGGGGGAGGAGAGUCGCCCCCUAUAGGCUUAGCUCCAGCCCUGACCCUCUCCCCCUCCUCCCAUCAUGCUCAGCAGCUAAGUGCCCUCGCCCGAAAACUGGCAGCCAAUAACAACAACAACAACAGUGGAGGCUCCGCUUCGGCCUCGCCCGCCUCUGUUGCCAUGUCGACCACCACCAUCAAGCAGGAGCCCUGCGACCCCUUCGCCWCGGUGGUCGCCCCGAGCAACGGCGCUGGCUUUGUGUGGGUGGGAGUGGCCGGUGACGGGAAGUGGCCCCCGGCGGGUUGUUCCGCCUCCAGCGGCGGGUCCAGCCUAUCACCGGACUCGGCCAUCCAGAAACUGAAAGCGGCAGCCAACGCGGUUUUACAGGACAAGAACGCCACCGUAGUGGCCUCGUCUACUUCCUCUUCAUCAUCCUCCUGCUCUACCGUACCCACCCUGGGAGGAGGAGGAGGGAGCCGGGGAGGAACGGACGACUCGGUACGCUUCGAUGCCUUCACCUCCCCCUUCAGCCCUCAGUCGGCCAGCUCCACGCUAGCCGCCCUGUCCAAGAAGGUGAGCGAGCGCUCCCAGACCACCUCCUCAUCAUCAGACCACCAACACCAACCCUCCCCCGGCUCCUCCUUCCUCUCCCUGGUCUCUAUGACUUCCUCGGCUGCGCUCCUCAAGGAGGUGGCAGCCCGGGCGGCAGGGAACCUCCUUGCUGAUAAGAUGGAGGCCCCAGCAGGAGGAGGGGCCAUCCAGGAGGACAUCAAGCCCCUGCUGGACAGGAACCAGAAGGCAGGGACCCCCACAGGGCCCCAGAGCACCAUGGACCUGCUGCUKCCCUCCACCCCUAAGGGAAGGGCCAAACCCAGCAGCCAAGCAGGUUCCCCAGGGGAGGACGGAGGGAAGCCGUUCCAGUGUCCGGUGUGUGGCCUGGUCAUCAAGAGGAAGAGCUACUGGAAGAGACACAUGGUGAUCCACACCGGCCUGAAGAGUCACCAGUGUCCCCUGUGCCCCUUUCGCUGUGCCCGCAAAGACAAUCUCAAGUCCCACAUGAAGGUCCACCAGCAUCAGGACCGGGGCGAGACGUUCCAGUGCGAACUUUGCCCUUUCACCUCCUCGCGCCACUUCAGCCUCAAGCUCCACAUGCGCUGCCACCAGCACUUCCCCCGCUCCGGGUCCGCCUCCGACGGGGUCAAGGUCAAGGAAGAGGCCACCACGGACACAGAGGGCGAGGGGUCACUCAUGGGUGAUUACAACCCCGGGGAGUCCCCUCUCCAGUCAGACGCAGGGAACCAGAGCUCCCCUGGAGUCUCUAACCACCACGUCUAUAUAAAAGAAGAGCCCCAGGAGAGGGAGCUGUCGGUGCUGUCGCCCUUCACCCUUUGCAGGGACAGGGAGCGGGAGCGGCCUGGMAGCAGUGGCAACUCCCUGGACCUCUCUAUGGGGGGAGUCGGCUUGGGGGUGCGGUCCAGUCCUGGUGGAGGUCCAACGGCGGCGUCCCUCUUCAGCCCGGACAUCACCACCAAGACAGCCACCGACCUGCUCAUGAAGCUCUCAGCGGCCAACCAGAAGGAAGCCCUGAAGGCUCCACAGUCCUUCCAUCUGAAGCAGGAACCCCAGGCAGAGGAAGAGGAGGAAGAGGUGCGGAGGAGCCCCCGGAGCCAGCCCAGCUACUCCUCCUUCUACCAGGAGCAGGGCGCGGCGUUGGGGGCCACAGGGCCAGCCGAGGUCACAGCAGACAGUGGGAGCCACAGGGGGACCCUGAAGAGACGGGAGGGAAGCCCCAUGGGGAACAAGAACAGUCUCCUCAGCCAGGACAUCAACUUCAAGGUGGCGUCGGAGCUGCUGAUGAAGCUAUCAGGUAAGGUAAUGGGCUGUGUGUGUGGGUUGGGGGGAGGUAUUUUGUGUGUGUGUGUUCCAGGUUAGAAGUUAUGUUUUUUGACAGCACAAUACACACAUUCA